CCGCCGCCGUAUACUACCCACGGCUUACACCACUCUCCGGCAUCUGCACCGUUCGUACUUUGAAUACAAUUCCUUGUGCGAAGCAUUCGAUUCACCGGCCAUUUCGUCCACUUACUUGCUCAGCGCCGGGGGAUUUCAAUUUCAAGGCGUAUGGUGCUAAGAAAUCAGAGAUUCCUGAAGUGCUCGAUUUUAAUUCAGAGAAGGAAAGUUUAGUAUCAGAAGAACAGAAUGAUCACGAAAUCGACCUGGGAUGGUUACCUGCAUUUCCUCAUACACUGGUUGCUUCUAUGUCGAAUUUCCUUUUCGGUUUCCAUAUCGGUGUGAUGAAUGGUCCUAUUGUAUCUACUGCCAAAGAGCUAGGGUUUGAAGGCAAUUCAAUACUUGAGGGGAUUGUGGUGAGCAUGUUCAUUGCAGGUGCUUUUCUGGGAAGUGCAGGCGCUGGUUACAUGGUUGACAGACUUGGCUUUAGAAGAACCCUUCAGGUUGACACAGUACCGCUGAUUCUUGGUGCAGUUUUAAGUGCACAAGCCCACUCUUUGGACCAGUUAUUGUGGGGACGAUUUUUCGUGGGUCUUGGUAUUGGGGCGAAUGCGGUUCUUGUCCCUAUUUAUAUAUCAGAGGUCGCUCCAACAAAGUAUAGGGGUUCGUUGGGGAGCUUGUGUCAAAUUGGCACUUGUACUGGAAUUAUAGCCUCACUCUUUCUUGGAAUCUACUCGGAGAAUGAUCCUCAUUGGUGGAGAGCAAUGCUCUAUAUUGCAAGUGUGCCUGGUUUUAUUCUAGCACUUGGUAUGCAGUUUGCUGUAGAGAGCCCCCGCUGGCUAUGCAAAGCUGGUAAGCUUCAUGAUGCUAGAGAAGUGAUCUCUAAUCUUUGGGGACCAUCUGAAGUUGAGAGAAGCAUUGAAGAAUUUCAGUCCGUUCUUAACAAUGAUGGUGGUGAUUUGGACAGCAGAUGGUCAGAACUGCUAGAAGAGCCACAUUCUAGAGUUGCUUUCAUUGGAGGCACUCUGUUUGUUCUGCAACAGUUUGCUGGCAUCAAUGCAGUUCUUUAUUUUUCCUCCUUGACUUUCAAAGAUGCUGGAAUCACAAAUGGUGCCUUGGCAAGCUUAUAUGUUGGAAUUACCAACUUUGCAGGUGCACUGUGUGCUUUAUACUUGAUUGAUACCCAAGGGAGGCAGAAGCUUAUAACCGGAAGUUAUCUGGGAAUGGCAAUGUCGAUGUUUCUUGUUGUUUCUGCUAUCAGCUUUCCUAUAAAUGAAGAGCUUCGGAAUAACUUGUCUAUUUUCGGGACCAUCCUGUACAUAUUGACUUAUGCAAUUGGAGCUGGUCCAGUAACGGGUCUUAUUAUACCCGAGCUUAGCAGCAGCAGGACACGUGGGAAGAUCAUGAGCUUCAGUUUUUCUGUUCACUGGGUGUGUAAUUUCUUGGUCGGCCUAUUCUUCCUCGAGCUGAUGAAGAACUUUGGUGUUGCACCAGUUUAUGCAAGUUUUGGCAUAGUUUCGUUAUUGGCGGCAUUCUUCUCUUUAUCUUUCUUAGUUGAAACCAAAGGGAGAUCUUUUGAAGAAAUCGAGAUGUCACUGGACCCCAAAGCUCGAUAACCGCUAGUUUUCUUAAUUUUAGGU